AUCACAGUGUUUAAAAUCAAAUCAAUCCCCCUUCUCAUUCCUCAUCAAUUGUAUUCUCUCUCUCUUUCUUACUUUCUCUCUCCUCUACACCAAGGAAGAAGAAGAAGAAAGAAAGGAAGAAAUUUCAUUUCAUUUCAAUUCAAUUCAAACCUCUUUCUUUCUCUCUCUAGUUUUAUCUAAAUGUCGACGAUUAACGGCAGCUACUCCGACAACACUCCGUCAACUACUCCGGCGGGUCUUCCGGCGAAGCAGAACGUUGCCCCUGUUAAAGCUGUUGAUACUCAAUCUGUUCUUAAAAGGUUGCAGUCUGAAUUAAUGUCUCUCAUGAUGAGUGGUGAUCCAGGAAUCUCAGCAUUUCCUGAAGAAGACAACAUAUUCAAUUGGAAAGGAACAAUUCAUGGAAGCAAUGAAACAGUUUUUGAAGGCACAGAAUAUAAACUUGCUCUUAGUUUUCCAGCUGAUUAUCCAUUUAAACCUCCAAAGGUCAAGUUUGAGACUGGUUGUUUCCACCCUAAUGUUGAUGUUUUUGGUAACAUCUGCUUGGAUAUUCUUCAGGAUAAAUGGUCAUCUGCUUAUGAUGUGAGAACCAUAUUGUUAUCAAUCCAAAGUCUACUUGGAGAGCCUAAUACCAGCUCACCAUUAAACACACAAGCAGCAGCACUUUGGAGCAAUCAAGAAGAGUAUAGAAAAAUGGUGGAAAAGCAUUACAAGCCAUCAACAGCAUAGAUUGUGGGGUGUGUUAGAUGGGUUUAGAGAUGGAUGAUGAUAAGGUUGGGUGGUUUGGGAGCACAAAUGAUGAAUUGUUGAAUUGAAAAAGACAUAAAUUCUUUCUGUUUUCAAUCAUUGUGCCAAUCAUUUGAUGUAACACAAAGUGAAAAAGAAAGCUUCUUUUUUUAAUGGAAUUUCACAUUUUUUGUCUAAUAAUAUUAUUAUUGGUUCUUUCUCUCUUCA